CUCGAGCCGUCGUAAUUUAAUCACCCCCACUUGCCGCACUCACGAUAGAACCAAUCAAGUUCAGCGUCCAAGAAGUUAAUGUUAAGCUUAAUGGAUGGCUGCCUAUUCACGUAGUGAGGAGAAAACCUCUCGUCAGCUUCUGCUCAUGCAUCCGCAUGCUGCGAUGGGUUUAUAGCAAAGGCCCACAGAUGAGCACAACCCAAGCGCCGCUGAAUCUGCCUCCUGUUGAUGCUAGGAACAAUCCUCUAACAGCGACUCUAUCCCAAUAAUCCACGGCCAUGGAUCAUGUGGAUGAGCGAUCGCGUUUGCUCCCGCACCAGCCUGAUGAAGACUCGGGCGAUGCAUCCGCAGCGACUUCACCGCGGCCCGAAACCAGCGCAGCGUUUCCGCGCCGCAAUCUGAUCCAUUGCAUCCUCAUCCUCACCCUCAAAUUCUUGUUCCUGUUAAGCUUCAAUUUCCAGGUUGGCCCGCUGCUCACGGCGGUGCUCACGCGCAACGUCUGCCACCGCGAGCAUCCAGAGUUGGAUCCAGGCAGCCCCGAGUGCUUCAUCCACGGGGAGGUCAGGUCAGAGCUGGUGCUGUUUACAAGAUGGAACUACGCGUUGAAUAAUGUGCCGGGCAUUCUUACUGCUCUUCCGUAUGGGUUCUUGGCAGACCAGUACGGGCGAAAGCGCGGGUUAUAUCUAUCUCUCGUAGGCGUGGCCUUGGCACAAUUAUGCUCCAUUAUCAUCUACUUUUGGCCCGAUGUAUUUCACUAUCGACUGGCAUUGAUAUCGCCAUUUUUCAUGUUUAUCGGGGGAGGUAGUGUCGUCUUCUCGGCGUUACUCUUCGCGAUGCUGUCAGAUCUUGCCCCUGAUGCCUACCGUACUACGACCUUUUUCGGCAUGGCUGGUUCAGUGAUAGCUGCUGGGCAACUCGUCUCCCCUUUGGUUUCAAUAUUAUCACAGAAGAACAUCUGGCUCCCAGUCUUCAUCGGAGUCAGUCUCUACAUCCCGAUCGUUGCCAUUGCAUUGUAUCUCCCCGAGACUCUCGAUCGGAAGGCGUUGCCAGAUGUCGUGGCGCCAGACCUGGCCGACACUGCUCUGGACAACCAGGAGGCGCGCGAUAUAGAUGUUCAGAACCAUGACAGGCCUUCGUGGAUCCAUCGGUGGCGCUCGCUUACCGAAGGCACUCACAGGUUUCGAGUGGCUGCUCUAUCCAUGUUCUGGGGCGAUAGGCAGGUCACGUUCCUGCUGCUGACCGUUUUCCUCACAGUUCUAGGAGAGGGCGCGACUUACAUACAAUCCAAAUAUAUCACUAGGCGAUUUGAGUUGUCUUGGUCAACGAUUUAUUAUAUUAUAUAUUGCUGGGCUGCUCUCAGUGCCAUCCUGGUCCUACUUUUUCUCCCAGCAGUCAACUAUCAUCUUACGACAAAGAUGGCGAUGCCGCCGCAAAAGAGGGAUCUGCUUCUUGCACGGAUCGGCAUCAUUCUACUGAUCGUGGGAUAUCUAGUGGUGGGACUCGCUGAGACGAGCAGCCUUAUGCUGAUUGGUCUCGGUAUCUCAUGCUUCGGUUUUCCAUUAGAGUACAUUCUUCGUGGUCUACUUGCCCAACUGGUCGAGGCACAUAAGCGUGGUCUACUCUUCACUUCUAUUGCCCUGGUGGAUAACCUAGGUACUAUUUUUACUUAUCUGUUGAUGACUUUGUGCUUCGAUCUUGGCGAGGCUGGUGGUGGACGAUGGUUGGGUGUGCCGUUCUUAACAGCUACUUUCUUUUUUGCCCUUGCUACGCCUAUUUUAUACUACAUCCGUGUGAUGUAGUGCACUAUGCUAGCAGCGCGUCUUGGGAUAAUGAAGUAAACCAUCAAGACGGCAAGACAGACUCAUAUCUCCGACGACCUAUAAAUAAACAGAAAUUUGGAGGGUGAUAUGGGGAUACUUUCUUGAAUACAUUAUCCAAUAGCCAAUUGAAUUUAAUCUCGUCAGCGCCUUUCUUCUAUGUGUAGCCCUUGUUCAACUGAUCUGCAAGAAAUUUCAUGAUGGGAAACAUUUCCUCUCUGUCUCUUGGCAUAGCCACCUCU